CUAAAAAUAAUUAUUUGGGGGUGUUCGGGACGGGCUAAAUAGUCCAUUUCAGACUAAAAUAGCCAAUAAAACAAAGGAAAAUGAUCCGUAGCUCAAAAGUGUUGGGCUCGACUAGCUUGAAAGUACUAGUUUUCUCUCUCCUCUCUAUCUCUUUGCUUUCCUCUCCGCCUUUGUUCACUAUAUUCUCGAAACUCUCUGCACUCUCCACUCUCUCUCUCUCUCUCUCUCAUCUUUGGUUGCAGAAUGAGGAAUCACUCUCACCUUUCUCUUUACUCAUCCCUCUUAUUCGAUAGAUCUCUCUCAUCACCUUUCGAUCGCUCUCUGGUCGCAAAAGGAGUACGAAGGACGACGGACGAUGAACGAUGGCCUAGGACAGCGAAUGACGGACGAAAAGGAAUCUGAUGUAAACCUAAAAUCGUAAAGUUAGAGUUUACGUUUGGCUUCAAUUUGUGUAGAAAUUAGUCAAUUUGGCUUGCAAUUUGUGAUAGGGUUUGAGAUUUGGUUUUAAUUUGUGAUGUGUUAGGGUUUGGGAUUUACCUUUAAUCUAUUAUCCUCUACAUAUAUUGGUUUGGUUUUGCCUUGAAUUUGGUUUUACUUGAAAUACACCUGUGUGGUAAAAUACGCAUCUGUUUGGUAUACAUAUGUUUGUUUUUGGUUUUAAUUUGGUUUUGCUUGAAUAGUUAUCCAACUAAUACAUUUUUUUAUGGUAAAAUACACGUGUUUGGUUUGAAGUUUAUGCAUAUGUUUUCAGAUUUGCUUGAAAUCUGUAAAAUAUAAACAAUCUAAUCUGUGUUGCAAUAUGAGCUAUCAGUUUGGUUUUGGCUUUAAUUUGGUUGUGCUUGAAUAGUCAUACAUCUGUUUUCAGAUUUGCUUCAAAUAAUUAUAAACAAUCAACUCUAUCUUCAAAUGUGUAAAUCUGAAAAUCUGUGUUAAAAUCUGUAUUUUUCAUGGGAUAACUGAUGGCUUCUGUGUUAUAAAUUUGUUAUAUAAAUCUGUAAAUGUGUUGAAAUAUGUAAAUCUGAUUUGAAAUCUGUGUUGAAAAUUAGCUAUUGUUGGCUUCUUCAUGGGACAACUGAUAGCUUCUUCUUUUACUAAUAAUAUCAAAUUACAGAACUAUGGCUUCUUCUUCUACUAAUAAUAGUAACAUAAUAUUAAAACCAAGAUUGUGUGAUUGUGGGAGAACCGCGACGAUGUAUAUUGUACGCACGAAUGACAACGGAAACCAUGGAUGUUUGUUCUUUAUUUGCUCAUCGAAAUAUAGUCAUAAAGAACACUGUAAUUACUUCAAAUUCACAAAUGAGGAUGAGGACGACAGUAGCUCGACAAUUCGUUCUAAUGUUGGAUCUCGGAAAGCUAUAAGAACAGAAGAGUUAAAUGAUAUAAGGACAAGGCUUUAUGAGAUGGAUAAUGAAAUUCAUGAGCAUGGUACAAGGCUUCAUAGGAUUGAGAAGAACUUCAAAAUUAUGAUUUAUGUUAUUGUUUUUUGUGUCUUUUUGCACGUUAUCAUGUAAAUCUCAGACUCUCUAACGUUUCGACGAAUUUCAUGAAUGUAACCAAAAACUUCUUUCAUAUUUUGUAUCUUUUUGUACUUAAUGAUGUAAAUUACUGAGUUGUUAGAUUUUGGGGAAUUUCAUGAAUACCUGUCCUGUA